AUGACAGACAAACUAGAAGAUAACGAACGCAUCAGAAAGUACCUAACCCUAUUUAACUUUCUCAUGAUAUUUAUUUCAUGUAUUGGCCAUGCAGCUUUUUGGAGUAAUGCUUCAAGAUUACAAACAGACCCAUAUAUCAUUGUGAAUAAUGUACCUGGUUAUGGUUGUUCUUUAUCAUCUACUACAGAAACAAACACAACAACAAUGGCCAAUAUAACAAAUACCAACAGUACAUCUCCUGGAUCCAUAAUAGUUGACUCUAGAGACUAUACAAGUAUUGCUUUCCAAACAAUGUUCUUUGACUAUAUGAGGUGUUUUUUCAUACUCUUAGCUGUUCCGGCAACUUUUAUUUGGUAUUCAUAUUUUUCAAUAGAUUUACAAGAAAGGGAAUAUCGAAAUUCAAAGGCAGGAUCUGCUUUGCUAAUUAUUUGUUUAAUAUUUGGUAUUGUGUGGUCUAUUAGUUCAAUUGUAUUAUUUGUUCUAGUAAAUGGAGCUUAUAAUAAUUGCAAAUCUAAAGACUUUGAAAGAAUUACAGGACUCAGUUGGGGUUUAUUGGUUUUAUGUAUUCUCAAUUUUACAACUUGGUCUCUUUCUAUAUUACUCCAAUAUAAGUUUGUCUCAAUUCCCAAAUUUGCAAAAUAUUUAUCACUUUGUACAGGAUGCAAAGUUAUUAUAUGUGCUGGUUGUUGCAUUCCUAGUAGCUUUUGUUGUUUGUGUUUUAAGAAAAGAAGAUAUAGACUUUACAAAAAAACCAAAGAUGAAUAA